AUGAUGAUUUUUCAAAUUAACAUCAGAUUUCUCGGUCAUAAUAUCGAAAAAGGUAGAAUUAUUCCCAUUAAUAGAAGUAUUGAAUUUGCUUCUAAGUUCCCUGAUGUUAUCACUGAUAAGAUCCAGCUUCAACGAUUCCUAGGAAGCUUAAAUUAUAUCUCUCCUUUUAUAAAGGAUCUUGCGAAAGAUACUGCUCUUCUUUAUAAUAGAUUAAAGAAGAAUCCAACUGCUUGGACUGAUAAUCAUACUGAAUCAAUCAAGAGAAUAAAGCAGAAGGUUAAUAACCUUCCUUAUUUGACUCUCGCUGAUCCCACUUGGGCAAAGGUUGUGGAAACUGAUGCUUCUGAUAUUGGUUAUGGUGGGAUAUUAAAACAAUUCUCUCCAAUGGAUAAACAAGAAUAUCUUGUUCAGUUUUACUUGGGAAAUGGAAUGAUUCCGAGAAAAAUUAUGCAAUUGUAG